GGAAGAAAUUAAAUAGUAAGGUGGAGACAAAGCCCUAAAUGCCAACUCAUCACACAACGACGGAAGCACAUUUUGCCGAAAGGGAAAAAAGAACUCGGUGAAAGAAAAGAAAGAAAGAGAGAUCAUCAUCCAUCCAUCCUUUCAUCCCAACUAUAAUAUUUUCCCCUCUCUCUCUAUUUUUCUUGGCCGCAAGCAGGAAUCCAGACGCAGAGAGCUCGUAAUCCCCGAUAAACCACCGCCGGCCGAAGCCCGUUAGACUACGAGUGUGUUGAUGAACUAGCAAGACAGCUGAAUUUAGGGAUUUGGAAGGAUUGUUUUUUUGGCGGAGGAAAAUGGCUUGCAGGGGGUUCUGGGAGUGCUUACUGAAGCUGUUCAACUUCUUGUUAGCCGUUGCUGGCCUGGCUAUGGCUGGAUUUGGAAUUUAUUUGUUUGUAGAGUAUAAACAUGCAACAGAUGAUGAUGUGCCGUUGCCCCCUUCUAGUGAUUACAGCAGUUUGAUACAACUGGGCCGUCCCAUGCUUAUGGCUGUGUCGCUUUCCGAGAGUAUCUACGACAAGUUGCCAAAGCCGUGGUUCAUAUACUUAUUUAUUGGUGUUGGAGUGAUCCUCUUCGUUGUCUCUUGCUUUGGUUGUUGUGGAGCUAUGACCAGGAAUGGUUGCUGCCUAAGUUGUUACUCAGCCUUGAUUUUCAUACUGAUAUUGGCGGAGCUGGGAUUUGCAGCAUUCAUAUUUUUUGACAAAAGUUGGGAAGAAGAGCUUCCAGUUGACAAGACUGGAAAUUUUGACAUGGUAUAUGGCUUUCUGAAAGAGAACUGGGAAAUCAUCAAGUGGGUUGCUCUUGGGAUAGUUGUGUUUGAGGCGCUGAUUUUCUUGUUGGCCCUGGUGGUUAGAGCAGCCAACAGACCGGUAGAGUACGAUAGCGAUGAUGAACUCAUCGCCCCAAGGCAGCAGAUCCGACAGCCAUUGAUGAAUAGGCCGCCGCCUCCUGCAACAGGCGUCCCUGUUGCUGGAACCCUCGAUCAGCGCCCGAGCCGAAAUGAUGCGUGGAGCACACGUAUGAGAGAAAAGUAUGGACUAGAUACUUCCGAGUUCACAUACAACCCGUCAGAGUCACAUAGGUACCAGCAGGUAUCGGCACAGCCCACAGAAGAACGAAGCCGGUGCACGAUCAUGUAACGAGAACCUUUUGGAGGCUUGUUGUUUUUCCUUCAGGACAGAGAGAGAGAGAGAGAGAGAGAGAGGGAGGGAGGUGUUGUGUGUUCUCUUUGCCCCUUCUGUACUAUAGGAUCUUGCUAAAGCCGAGGAGAGUAGAUAGAAUCCAUUUUCGACAGUGUCUGUGCUGUGGAUAAGAUUUAAUUCAUGUUCGUUAUGUCUGUCGUCUGAACCGUGGUCGGUCGCCAGAUGACAGACUGGUUCUGUUGGAUCUUUGAACGGCCUUUCCUCUGCAUUUUUAUCUGUUCUGUUCUGUUAUCUUUGGCAGUUCUCCACGUACUUUUUUUUCGGUAAUCCGACAGUAUAAAACCGAAUUGGAUCA